AUGGAAGAAAGUAGUAAGGCCACGAAAACUCGCGGUGGAGGUACCUUUAGUGAUCCAGAGGCGAUUCAGUUGCAUGCCAAUGACUUUUCUUGGCAAGAGAAAAUGGAAGAGCUGAACGAUGACGAACGAAAGUUAGUGCAAAGUUAUAUUCUUCUUUCUGAGCAAAAGUUAAUGGAACUUGGUACGAAGAGCAUAAGCGUCAGUCCACCAAGUGCUGAAUGUAAAAACAAUACAUGGGAUUCACAUUAUCAGGUCAACAAGCGCCACUUCCCAUUAAAGAACUACAUUAUUCUUGCAUUCCCCUUGAUAAAGGAGAUAUGUUCUUCUACACCUCAAAGAGAGACUCGUUAUAUUCUUGAAUGUGGUUGUGGAACUGGAAGUACACUUUUGCCAUUGAUGAGACAGUUUAGAGAAAAUGUGAACUUUAUAGGUUUUGAUGUUUCGGAGAGGGCGGUGUCUCUUCUUUUGGACCAUCCCAUUUCUAAUGAAUUCGUUGAGGGGAAGCGUCUUACAGCUUUUACCCAUGACAUUUCAUCUGUGCGCGAAUGGUCUUCAGAAGGCCCAGAAAAAACACGUGUUAGGAAAGAAUCUGGAGUGUUAAAAAGUGUCAUCUCAAAACGGGUCUCAGCUUGUAUUCAUGGUGUUGAUGUAAUUCUGCUUGUGUUCGUUCUUUCUUCGUUGCCAUCAUUGGAGGCAAUAAUCUACGCUUUGAAGGAACUUGCAAGCGUUCUUAGGCCUGAAGGCGUUCUUCUUUUUCGUGACUAUGCCGUUCCAGAUCAUAAUAUGUUCCGCUUUACAAAACAAGGCAACGAACGAGUCAACAAUUUAAGUUUCCGUAAGGGAGAUGGUACUCUGCAAAUGUUUUUUGAGGCAUUUUUUAUAAGGAAAUUAUUUGCAAUGGCAGGCCUUGAAGAAAUUGAAGGACAUGGUCUAAAUUAUCAUUGCAACCGCAUAAUAAACCGAAAAAAUGGCAAGAAAAUGGAUAAAAUCUUUAUAAAUGGCAGUUUUCGUCUCUCUCCAAGAUUGUCGUAA